UUCAUUCAUUCGUCGGUCGUCAAACGUCAACUUUAUUCAUUCUCAUUCAUAUAAUUUGUUUCGAAAGAAAAUAACAACAAGAAAAUAACACAUUGAAAAUUAUACAUUUAUGAAGUAAAUACAGUGAAAAUGCCUAACACUCACGAUGUAACGAAAUACGACGAUGUGUUGACGUCCAUAUUAGUCAACGAAAAAUCUAUAUUAGGCUUCCUAUCUGCAAUAUUCAGCUUUUUGGCGAGAAGGACCGAUUUCUAUUAUGUACCCCAAGGUGCUUACGAAAACAUGGGUUUCCCGCCUGGUGUUGCCGAGGAGCUGGUGAUCAAGGUCCUUAGAACAUGUGACCCCAAAACAUGGAAAGGAACAAAUGGUGCUCAGAAACAGUUGGACCUUACUAAUGAGAUCAUGUGUUCAACGGUAGCCCAAGAAGUGGAGGUGGUAGCAGAGAAUGAGGAUGACAGUGAAGAUGAAGCCACUCCACAAACUCAGCCAAAAUCUAAAGCUACUUCUGAAAAACCUGUAGAGUCUUCUAAAAAGUCUGAAGUUAAUCUUGUAAAGUCUGCUGAUGAGACAAAGAAGUCUUCUGAUCCUAUAUCUAGUACUUCUAAGGCUAUCCCAGAAGGCUACAAGCCACCAGACAUACCAGUUCAGAAGAACAGCGACACUUACAAUGGUGCUGAACAAGAGAACUACUUGUGGUCACAGACUAUUAUGGAAUUAGAUGUUAUUGUGAAGUUACCUCCUGAUAUAAAAUCGUCAAAGGACCUGCAAGUGACUAUCAAUGCGGGAGAUAUUAGUGUCGCUUCUAGAAAUGGUGGUGUUAUCAUAAAGGACACCCUUCCAUAUAAGAUAAAGGCCAUGGACAGCUUUUGGAGCAUGACCGGAGGAAACCUGCUUAUGCAUCUGGAGAAAGUCCAAGAGAGAUGGUGGAAUAGACUGCUGAAUAAUGAGACACCUAUUGAUCUGGAUAAAAUAGACUGCUCCAGACCCCUGGAUGAUUUGCCAGAAGACCAUGUUGCUAAGGUUCGUGAACUACAAUGGAACCAAGAAAGGAAAAUGAAAGGUCUACCGACUAGUGAUGAAAUUCGAAAUAUGGAUGUUUUGAAGAAAGCGUGGAAUGCCCCAGGAUCUCCGUUUAAGGGUCAAGAAUUUGAUCCGAGCGUGCUUAGUAAUUCCUCUCAUACAUUAGGAUCGUUUGGUCAGUAAUGUGCUAUUAAAUUAUUUAAUUUUUAUUUUUGUGUAAUUAUUGUAUUAGAGAACGGAG